AUACAGUCACAGCGAAGCGGAUUUCAGCUCAGUUGGCUUGUUUAGCACGUACGUCAAAUGGUUUAUCUUUAUCUUCCAUAGUAUCUCAUGUCCCGCUGAUUGAGUGAAAAUGUCUUCAGGUUUGUGUUUGAGGAAGUUUGUCAGCGAGCGACUGACCGCAGCUGCUGAGGAAAUAUUAGGAGUCUUUGAACAGACGAUGUCAGUGUACGAGGAAGAGAUCGUCCGUCAGCGCAGACUGCUGGACAUCUUCAUGAAACCGGAGAUAAGAUUACGCAAGAGAGACAUCUCACGGUCAUCUGUUUAUAAUAAGGAGGUUCUCCUGGACCAACAGAAGCUCUUUAACCAGGUGAGGAACUGCAGUCUGAACCACGAGGUACCCGAGGCUUCACAGAUUAAAGAGGAGCGGGAGGAGCUCUGCACCAGUCAGGACAGAGAGCAGCUUAUACUGGAGCAGGAGACAAAUUUGUUAAGGCCUGCUUGUGAUGGAAGUGAUUAUAUGGAAGAUCCGACUCUGCUUGUGGAUCCUGACCAGCCUCAGAGUGCAGCAGAAAAAGAGCCACUGACCAACAUCUCAGUUGUAGUGAUAAAAUCUGAAUCUGACAGAGAGGGCUCAGGUGUAUCAGUACCGAACGGUGAGCACCAGCUUUCUCAUAAUUCUCACACAGCUGAAAGCCAAGAUCAUGAAAGAGGAAACCAAGGGAAUGCAAGUACUGAUCACAAACCAGAGAACAAGCAUUUCAAAUGUAUAUUUUGCAAUGAGGAGUUUCAUGAUUACUUAAAUUUAAAACUUCACAAAAGGACCCACACUGAUGAAAAAUGUUUUAAUUGUGACACCUGUGGGAAAGGGUUUACCCAGGAGGCUCUGGUGAGGAAACACAUGAUGACUCACACAGAUGUAAAGCCCUUCAGAUGCAGAGUUUGUGGAAAGGAAUUCAACUGUCAGUCAAACAGCGUCACCCAUAUGAGAAUUCACACCGGCGAGAAGCAGCACACUUGUUCCACCUGCGGGAAAAGUUUCAGCCGCGGAGCAGACCUGAGGAGGCACACCCGGACUCACACGGGGGAGAAGCCCUACAGCUGUAUCCACUGCGGGAGGGAGUUUUCUUACCACUCAUCCCUCACAAAUCAUGUCCGAGUGCACACAGGGGAGAAGCCCUAUAAAUGUAUUUGGUGUGGGAAGAGGUUUGCUGUCAGCACAACGUUGAAAAUACACACCAGAGUCCAUACAGGGGAAAAGCCGUAUAAAUGCAACUUUUGUGGGAAGAAUUUUGCUCAUAACACAGGACUGAGGUUUCACAAAAGGAUCCAUGCAAGGGAGAAUUUUAGCAAAAGAAAGUAUCUCAAUUUUAAUAAUUCAACAAUGUCUUCUGUCCAAAGCAUGCGACAGUUUGUCUGUGAUCGACUCACUGCGGCUGCGCAAGAAAUAUUGGGAGCCUUUGAAAAGAGAGUGGAAGAUUACGAGACAGAAAUCGCUCGACAACGCAGACUGUUGGAAAACGUUUUGACGCCAGAGAUAAAGUUACAGCACACAGAGCUCUCCCAGACAUCUGUCCGUAAAGAGGAGGAGGUUCUCCUGGACCACCAGCAGCACAGUAACCAAGAGACGAACCCCAGUCUGAUCCAACCAGAUCCUUUACCGGUAAAAGAGGAACAUGAGGAAAUGUGCAUCAGUCAAGAACGACGGCAGCUUGUACAGCAACAAGAGACUGAUGCCUCUAAGUCUCCCACUUGUGAGGGAUGCGUCUGCAGUGAUCAGUCUCGGCCUUUGGACACUGACCGACCUCAGACUACAGCAAAUACAGAUCCUCAACAAGGCAUCUCAAACAAAGAUGCGUUAUCUGGAUUUGACAGGGAGAGUUCUUCAGUAUCAGCACCAAACAAUGACCAGUGCCUCCUUUCUCACAACUCUCGUAUAACUGAGAGCCAAGAUGCCAUAACUUCUAACCAAGGAAGUGCAACACCAAAUGAGAAAGGCAAUGAGGAGAACACAGGAUCAGCUAGAAAUACUGAUCAAACAUUAGAAGAGAAAAGCAACGAUGGGAACACAACAUCAGCAACAAGUACUAAGCAAACCUCGGAUAAGAAAUGUAAUGAUGAGAACACACCAUUAACCAGUAUUACCAAGGUAACACAGACUGAGAAAUGUAACAAUGAGACUACAACAUCAACUAGAAGUACUGAGUCAACACCAAAUAAGAGACACGAUAAUGGACAAACAACAGCUACAAGUACUGAGCUAACACCAUAUCAGAAACAGAACUUUGAGAACACAACAUUACCUAAAAGUACUGAACCAAAUAAGAAAUGUAACGGUAAGAACACCAUAUCGACUACAGGAACCCAGCUAACACUAAAUGAGAAAUGUAAUGAUGAGAACCCAACAUCAAAAGGAAAUGGUGAAUCGAAAACAAAUAAGAAAAGCCAAGAUAGGAGAUCAACCUUAACUGGAAGUGUUGAGUCAUCACCAAAUGAGAAAGGCAACGAUAGCAACACAACGUCAACCAGAAGUACAGAGCUAACACCAGAUGAGAAUUGUAACAAGGAGGCUACAUCAUCAACUGGAAGUACUGAAAUUACACCAAACAGGAUUCAUAAUGAUGAGAAGACAACUGAACCAACAACAGAGAAAACAACAACUACUGAAAGUAUUGAUCCAACACCAAAUGAGAAACCUGAUGAUGGGAACAUAACAUCAGACAAAAUUACAGAGAUAUCACCAACUAAGACAGGCAACAAUGAGAACACAGCACCAACUGAGAGUACUGAACCAACACUAGAUAAGAAAUCUAAUGAUGAAAACACAACCACAACUACAUAUACUGCAUCAGUAGAAAAAACAGACCCGGAAGGAAAAGAACACAAGACACAAAACAAACCCAAUGACGAGAAAGCCACAUCAACUUCAAGUACUAAACCAACACUAAGUAAGAAACGCAACAAUGAGACAACAUUAAACAGAAGUACAAAAUCAACACCAAAUAAGAAUCGUAGCCGAGGGAACACAACAUCAACUAGAAGUAAUGGGCUAACCCUGAAUAAGAAACCCAAUGAUGGGGAAAAAUCAACCACAUGCACUGAACCAAGACCAGAUAGGAAACGCAGCGAGAGGAAAACAACUUCUAGUGAAAGUAUUGAAUCAACACCAAAUAAGAAACCCAAUGAUGUAAACACAAGGUCUACAAGAAGUAAGCAGGCAACACUAAAUAAGAGACAAAAGCAUGGGAACACAACAUCCAAUGAAAGUACUGAUGCAACACCAAAUAAGAGACGAAAGAAUGACAAUACAACAUCGGAGUUGACACAAAGUGAGAAACGUAACAAUAAGAGCGCAACAUCAAAUGGAAGUGCAACCCCAGCACCAAACAGGAAAGAUGGGAACACGUCAAGCGGCAGUAACGAAGAUGAAGACAACCCUUACAAGUGUGACCGGUGCGGUAAAGUGAUGACUAAUUUCAAAAACUAUAAAUUUCAUAUGAAAUCCCACACUGUUGAAAAGACUUUCAAAUGCGACACUUGUGGUAAAAUGUUCAGGGAGAGCUGGGAUUUGAAUAAACAUUUAGUAAUUCACUCCAUUGAAAAGCCUUUCAAGUGCAAAGUUUGCGGAAACGGAUUCAACCGACGAUACAAUCUCGACCUGCACCUUAGGGUUCACACCGGGGAAAAGCCGUACAAAUGCAACAUCUGUGACAAAAGCUUCAGCGCAUGUGUGAAUAUGAAGAAGCACAUGAGAAUUCACACAGGUGAGAAGCCGUACACGUGCAGCGACUGCGGGAAGGAGUUUGCAGAUUCUUCGUCUUUCAAAAAUCAUCUGCGAGUUCAUACAGGCGAAAAGCCCUUUAAGUGUUCCCACUGCAAGAGAAAAUUUGCAACCAGGACGACUUUGACAAGGCACAUCAGAACACACACGGGUGAAAAGCCUUAUAAGUGCAAUGUGUGUGAGAAGGUGUUUGCCCACAGAACAGACCUGAAAGGACAUAUGAGGACACACACAGGAGAGAAGCCUUACAACUGUAGAACAUGUGGAGAACAGUUCUCCACCUGGUCAAAACUCCACAAACACAAAAAUGUCCAUACAAGUGAUGGACAAAGCUCCUCUGCUUAAAAAGUGAAUGAAUUACACUAAAGUAAAACUGUUACUGGAAUUUUAUGUUUUUAUUUUGUUUUGAAGAGACUACUUCACUGUUUUAGUGUUGCACUCCAGACAUAUUGUCUUUUUUAUUUGAUACAUUCCUCUUCCUUGUCACAAUCUGGUGCCUACGUUACGCACAAUGCAACACAUUCACGGCUAAUUAAGGCGCUCUGGAGCCGCUAGCCUUAAGCAGACCCUCACAGCCUUAGAUCUUUUACAUUUUCAGUCUUGUAGUCUUCAACCCCAACAGACACUGCCUCACAUCAGACCUAACACAAAAAGAUCUAUAUUAUCUUUUCACAUAUGCAAUAAUACUUCCCAUCUGUAAACAGACAGAUUGGUGGAGUUCCCCUUUUUAGGUUUUUGGUUUUUACUUCCUUUAUCUGGACUGUAAAUAACAAGAUGGCCAUUUAGGUGUAGAAUAAUGAUUGUUUUACAGAUUAAUCGUAAAAUUCUGUAAAUACAUUUAUUUUUAUCAUUGGAGUUUAGAUUUUCAUAAAGCAUCUAAAAACUGGGAUGUUCAUAAGAGCUAAAUCCAACAGUUUUGUGCCUUGUAAAGUUGUUUUUAUAGACAAAUUCUUGACAAAUUUUUAAUUAAAAUUGGUUAAUCCAUUUUAUCAUAUUGUUUUAAUCAUAUUUAAUGUUAUUGAUUUUUUCAAACAAACAAGGAAGAGCAACUGCGUCUUAGUUGUCCAAGUGCCUUAAUUCCUUGACUUUUGGAAAAUGUUUGUUUUGAAAUAAAUUCUUUCCUAAUUUAUUGAAAUAUUUCUAAUCCACAGUUUGAGAAAGUUAACCAAAGAGCACCUAACUACUACUGUGGGAAAUAUUAGGCGUUUGUGAGCAGAUAAUAGUUGUGUACGAGGAGGAGAUCAUUUGUCGGGGCAGACUGCUGGAUAUCCCUUUGAAGCCUGAGAUGAAGCUGCACAGGACAGAUCUGUGAGAUACCUUUGUUACUGUUAGAUUAUUCUGACUUGUAUGAGAUGUAAAACCAACAGUUUAAAGUUGAAUAUUUUACAUAUGAACCAACUGGGAUUCAGUGAUUGUUGCAGGUUCAUCCUGUUUGGUAGACUGUCUAAAUAAAGUAUUACUGUUUAACAAUU